UGCAGGUUGUUGCCUGCCGCAUGUAGUUGUGGCAUGCUGUUGUUUACAUUUGCAUCGCGUUCAGCUUUCACGCUGCUCAGCUGCUUGGUGGCAGCUGCCACAGCAGCGCCAUAUGGCCAACCCUGUGGCGAGAAUGAGGAACGCGCCUGUUUGCCCUGCUAUGAACCGAGCUGCUCGGUGCCCUUUAACUACGAUGGCUCCUGCACAAUGGUCUGUCAUCUGGGCUGUGGCUGCAUAGCUGGCUUUGUGCGUGACGACUACUCCUUGAAGUGUGUGUCCAUGUAUCAGUGCGACAAUAUUCAAACUUCAUCGAAUGCCUUAAUGCCAUUAAAGCGUUAAGCGUGAACUGCACAAUUUUUCUAGUUUUUAAGGUAAACUCUGGCCCGAGGUCUUUAGCCAGACUUAUUUUAGCCAUGUACGCAGCUCAGUUACAAAUAUUUUUGCUGCUUAUUUUGAGCAUUUGCCAGGGUUUGCGGGCGCAGACCAAUGAGGAAUUAAGGGAAAAUGGCGAACUAACGCCCAAAACUCUUUGUCUGCGCGAUAUCACCGGACACGUAACUAUCUGUUACAAAUAAAAAAUUUAACUGCAAAGAAA